GCACGCAGUCAUUGAGUAGACAUUCAUUCCUGCAGACAGACACCGCUGCACUGCAUGUCCCCUUGGAGCCCCACUGUCUUUUUACAUUGUGAAGGAGCACAACUUGCUCGGUGUAAACUUUUUUUGAAACCUUGAAUCUCUUAUGUGGACCUGUGCAUCUCACUUCAUGGAGCUGUGGAUUGUUGUGCUCUCUUCAUUGCUGGGAGUCCUCUUCAGUCAAGAAGUUCAGCAGCUCACUAUUGAUGAAUGCUGCAAAAAAGGCCAGAGUCAAGGCAACGAUAACCAAGCCUGUUCGACCGUCCCACUCAUCUCCUCGUCCCCUAUAUGCAGAAUUGUGCAGGAGCAGUGCUGCGUUGCAGUGCUUGAGGACAACAUGUGCACUACCGGCAUCAACAUGGCCAAAGACCAACGAACAUGUGAUUCUUUGUUCUCAAACACCUGUGAGACCAAAACCACCAAGAUGUGCUGUGAUUGUUGCCUCCUGGGGAUGACGGGCCAGGAGCAGGGACUUCCAUGCGACCACAACCUGUCUCUUGGUUACCAGUGUGGCCUGGUGUACCGUGCCUGCUGCGUGUCCGGAGCACCUGACAAUCAAACAGAGCCCACAGUGCAAACUGAACUUCCAAAUAAAGAUGAGACCAAGGACACUGGAGACAACUCAGUAUUAAGUGAUGAGUGCAAUGGAAAAUGUGCUCAUAAUUGUGUGGGUAAUGAUACCUGUGGCUGUUUCAAAGGUUACCAAUUGAAGCCAGAUGGAAAGAGCUGUGAAGACAUUAACGAGUGUUGGAGGGGAGCUAGCAACUGCCGAGUGGGCGAGCGUUGCAUCAACACCGAGGGCUCUUUCCGUUGCCAGAGAGAGGUCAGCUGCGGAACCGGCUACGAAAUGACAGACAACAACAACUGCAAAGAUAUUGAUGAGUGCGAGACCAAAAUGCACAACUGUGGCCCAGAGUUUGAGUGUCAAAACACCCAGGGCUCAUUUCGUUGUCUCCCUAAGGUCAAAUGUGGUGCUGGUUUUAUCCAGGAUGCAUUGGGCAACUGCAUUGAUAUCAAUGAAUGUGUUAGCCAGACAGGUCCGUGCCAAAGGGGGCAGCUAUGUAUUAACACAGUGGGCUCGUACAUCUGCCAGAGGAACUCCGUCAACUGUGGACGGGGCUACCACCUCAACGAUGACGGCACACGUUGCAUUGAUAUUGAUGAGUGCAAAGGCCCCGAAAAGGUAUGUGCAGGUCACGGCUGCAUCAACACAAUGGGGUCCUACCACUGCCAGUGUGACAAUGGCUACAACUUCAACAGCAUCACUCGCCUCUGUGAGGAUCUGAACGAAUGCAUGCACUACCCUGGACGUCUUUGCGCUCACAAGUGUGACAACACUCCAGGGUCCUACAAAUGCAGCUGCACCACUGGUUUCAAGCUGUCCAGGGACGGAAGGAACUGUGAUGAUUUAAAUGAGUGUGAAAGUAACCCCUGCAGUCAAGAAUGUGCCAAUGUGUACGGCUCCUACCAGUGUUAUUGUCGGCGUGGUUACCAGCUCAGUGACACUGACGGAGUGACGUGUGAAGAUAUAGACGAAUGUGCCCUGCCAACUGGAGGUCACAUCUGCUCCUACCGUUGUCACAACACCCCCGGAAGCUUCCAUUGUUCCUGCCCUGUUAGCGGCUAUACCCUAGCACCCAACGGACGCAGCUGCCAAGAUAUUGAUGAAUGUGCGGCAGGUACACACACAUGUGCUGAUAACCAGAGUUGUUUCAACGUGCAAGGCGGAUUCCGCUGCUUGUCCUUUGAUUGUCCUAACAACUACCGUCGGGUUGGAGAUACUCGAUGUGAACGCUUGCUUUGCAAUGAGUCUGUCGAGUGCCUGGCCAUGCCGCUGAGAAUAACCUACUACCACCUCACCUUCCCCACCAACAUCCCUGUCUUCACCAACAUCUUCCGCAUGGGCCCCUCCCACACUGUGCCGGGUGACAGCAUCCGCAUCGCCAUCACUUCGGGUGACGAGGGCGGCUUCUUCAAGGUGGAGCAAGUCUCCGGCGGCGGCGUCAUGUCCGUGGCGAGGCGCUUCGAUGGCCCGCAGGACUUUGAGCUGUCCGUAGAACUGGGGCUACGUCGCUAUGGCACCCUCAGCACCUACUUGGCCAAAGUGCUGGUGUUUGUCACUGAGGACGCACCCCGCGUUGUUUACAACCCUCUGCUCGAAUAAGGACAGCAUCUUUCCUAGGGUUACUUGUCAUGUGGUAUUUUUAUCACCUGUAGUCAGUUUUCCGAGGAUAUGAAAUCCUUAUUACAAUAAAUUGGGUUAUAUACAGAUUAGCUGCAAUAUUACAAGAAAAAGCUUCAAUCUUAUGAGAAUAGUCCUUGUUUUUAGUCAUAGUUUUUGAGGCGAUAAAAUAUUGAUUUGCCCGAAUAAAAUGACAUUUUAGCAAAAAAAUAAGUAUUGUUGCAACAAAAAAGUGCUAUUUUAUUCUGUAAAGUAAAAUUUUAGAAGAAUAGUUACAAUAUUUACGAGAAGAACUGCCAUUUUGUAACAAUAAAGGUGUAAUUUUACAAGUUGACAUUCUGUAGUCCCAAUUUUACAAUAAUAAUGUCAUUUUUUUUAAACCAAGGUAACACUCCACAGCAAUGUUGUAGUUUUAUGACCAUUUUUGUGAUUUAUUUGAAUGAAUUGGUUUUACAAAAUUUGCAAGAAUUAAAUCAGAAUUUUACGGCGAUAAAGAUGGGUCCGAAUUUUGAACUAUUUCUUUGUUCCUAUUUUAUUUUAUUUAAACAAGAAUACAUUUACAAUUACAAAAAAAAUGUGAUAAUAUCACAAUUCAUUCGUAACAUGAUGAGAUUUAAAUUUUGGAAGCCUAAUGUAAAGGAUCAAUUCAAAAUAUCUGAAGAAUUAAGUGAUAUUUUACUGCCUUCAAUCCUUAAGGAAGCACGGCUCAGUAAUAGCAGCUAGGUGGCGCACUAAACCAAGGUAAAUAUCAAAUACAAAAUUUUGGUCUGUCUCGUCGUUGAGUACUCAGACGAUUGGUUGCGUGCUAAAAGUCUGGUGAUUUAUAGAGUUGAUGGUUUAUGUGUUGGCUGAACAGUUUUGUAAUAAAAUAAAAAUAAGGCAAGUAAAGUAUGGUCUUUUAAGUUAAACACAGCAAAGUGGAUCAGCGAAGCCAAAAAACAUAUCAUUGUUCUUAUGAAAAGUGAAUAAAUCUAAAAAAAAAAAAAAAAAAUCUAAAUCUAUAUUAAAUUUCAGCGGUACAGUACAGACGUAAAUAAUAAAAAUGCAAAUCAGCCCACAUAGUUGCCGUCAUAAAACCUUAAUGAAGUGUCCAGGCAAAGUUUUAAACAUCUUUGAGCUGACAUGAAAUCGUAUCAGUUAAAAUUGAUCUGACACAUUGCAAACAACUGUUUAAAAACUUUAUUGACAAACAAGCAGGGCACGUUUAUCUAUCACAAAAGUAGAAUAAUGAACAGGACUUAAAGUGCCUGUGACACAAUAAAAUAAAGCUUAAAUAGCAUUAUUAUGUGAAUUAAAAUCAUAUUUUGAGACGAUUCGACUAUGUACAACAAUUUGGCAAAGCGCAGAUAACGAGAAAUGAGUCUUUUAAUCUGCCGUUUAGCCCCGCCUGUCAUUAUAGGGCUCUAGUGCCUCCAUCUAGGUGAUGACGUCGACAGAGGAACGAUUUCAGCUGAAUUAGAAUUCAGCCCAAU